AGGAUAGUCGCAAUAAAGGAGUCCCCAGCAAAGCAUUCAAAGUGCAAAGCCUUUAAAGCCUUUCAAGCUUUCGUGCUUUUGUGAAGCUGUUGAACUUUUCAAGGACGACCCCGGCUUUACGGCGAACCAUCAAACAGUAUACUAGGCCCCAAUAUAAGUGGUACGUAACACGCGUUCGAACUGUGUUGAGAAGGCUUAACUGGGCCACUUGAUCGCGUCAGCUGAUCGGCAGCUGAUCUUACGUCGUCAGUUCUUUUGGAUCUCUGUCUCGCUUGAUAAAGAAGAACCUGACAGCAGGAUGUCGAACAACAACCCAAAGGAUGGUUACCACGCGGUACAGACUGCCGAAGAGAGUUCCGAACGAAAAAGAGUGGGUGCGAAAGCGGCUGACGAGGAUGAAGGGGCGUGGCAAGACACUGACAACCUCCCUCUCGAAGAGCGAUGCUGUUGCAGUGCCCUCCAGCGUCUUGCAUCCCCCUACGUCUUCGGCGUCUUCGUGUGUGUGUUGAACUUCUUCCAGUCGGCUGCUUUUUCUGUGACAGGAAGCUCUCAAUUGAGCACAAUAGAGAAACGCUUCCAGCUGAAGACCUCCGAGUUGGCGCCCUUCCUGAUCGUGAACGACAUCAUGAGUGUGGUGAUGGUGCUCUUCGUGGCGUACUACGGACACACCAGCCACCGGCCUAGACUCAUCGGGGGCGGCAGCCUUCUCAUCGGCCUGGGAUUCCUGCUCUCCACGCUGCCGCAGUUCAUCUACGACACGCCGCCGCAGUUUUCCCCCGGACUAAUUGGUGGCGGCCGUGAAAACGGCUCGGCAGGGGGAUUCUCGCAUAAUGGAAGCAGUCUCCUUUAUCCAGUCUGUGAGGUCAGUACCAGCGGAGGAGAUGCAGGUUCUGAGGUUUGCACCGAGGAAGAGGAGCUUUCCUCGGGGUCCCUCAUGUGGCAGGUGUCUUGGAUUAUCGUCGGUCAGAUACUGGGAGGGAUCGGAGCUGCACCUAUUAUGCCUCUUGCCGUCACGUACAUGGAUGACUGUCUGCAUCGCUCCUCAACAUCGGUUUAUGUAGCAUUCAUGUUCGUGGCAAGCUCCUUCGGCCCUCUGCUCGGGGCUGGCAUCUCGGGAUUCUGCCUCUCCACCCACGCCGACUUCUACAAGGCGCCGGUCCAAGCCCAAUUGGGCGAUCCUAACUGGCUGGGCGCCUGGUGGCUCAGCUUCGCCAUGGUGGGCGUGUUGCUCCUCAUUGUGGGCGUGCCCAUCAUGAUGUUCCCGAAGAAGAUCAGGAGGCGGGUCAAGAAAGCCAAGGAUGGGGAGAGGAGGAAAUCGGAGGAGGCACAGGAAGGGGAGGGGGGCGAGGAUGAAAAUAUGGCAGGGAUGUACCGCCUGAAUGUCCACGAAGACGGCGGGGGAAGAUGCGCAUAUGUCAAAGGUUUUCUGAACGCCCUUCGUCGCCUGGUAACCAACCUGACUUUCAUGUCACUGCUUCUUGGGGUCUGCGCAAUGCUGUCCUCCGUCGUUGGAAUCAUCGUCUUCAUGGUCAAGUAUCUGGAGACGCAGUUCGGCCUGCCCGCCUCUACAGCUCCCAUGCUCUUCGGGAUCAUCAUGCCACCCGGUUCGCUCCUCGGCAACCUGAUCGGUGGCUUCGUGGUCAAGAAGCUGAAACUGACCAAGAAGGGACUAGCCAGAAUGGUGGUCGUCAUGAAACCCUUCGUCUUCCUCCUGGCUCCGGUGUUCCUCCUCCUUGGAUGCAGCAACCGGGACAUCGCUGGCAUCACCACCGCGUAUCCCAACAUGAACAUGACAAAGGUGCCACUGCCAAAUCUGGUGGCUGGCUGCAACGCUGACUGCGCAUGCCCAACUGAAUACACACCAGUCUGCGGGUCUGAUGGUGUAACGUAUGCGACGCCAUGUCACGCAGGUUGCCUAGCAAAGGUGGAAAACGGACAACCAAAUGGAACGAAAGAUGGCAUGAUGUUAUACACCGACUGUGGCUGCAUUGGUGCAACUAGUCCCGCCGACCCGCUCGGCUUGAGAGGAGACUACGAGCACGUGGCCAUCCCUGGAGAAUGUCCUCGUGAAUGCAACACGCUGAUUCCGUUCAUGGGUGUGGCCAUGUUGCAAGUCCUUCUCAUGACCAUCGUUGGCAACCCAGGAUUCAUGUUGCAACUGAGGACAGUUGAUGAGGAUGACCGUUCCAUAGCUGUAGGCUUCUCAUCAAUGCUGCUACGAUUGCUAGGGUUUAUUCCAUCCCCUCUGAUCUUCGGCACGGUCAUCCAGACGACUUGUCUCCUCCUCCAGUCGUCUUGUGGAAAGACCGGCAACUGCCUCCUCUACGACAUCGUGCAGUUUAGAUACGUCUACUUCGGGUUGAUUUUCAGUCUGGACUUCUUGAGUCUGGUGCUGUUCAUCGUCUGCUACUGCUCCAUCAGAGUAGAGAAGACUCCCCAGGGUUUCGAAGAGAUGCGUUCAGUACACUCAGACGAAGUUAAGAAGUCGGAGACAUCUCCAGAUACCACCCCUGGACAAGACAAGGCGUUGGAGGCGUACAAGGAAUCCGAUGUGUAACGGCAACAGUCCGCCAUCUUUACCUCGUUCCGAGUAGUAUAGUAAUAAGUCGUUUUGGCGUCCUUCCCUUCCGAGCACGAGCCUCGUUGAUGUCAUUCAACGUUGUCCUGCUCCUAA